CUCGCCGCUACAGCGCCGACCGUUUCACCUGAAACAUCCCCGCGCCACAUAUCCCGUUAUGGCUAUCCCCGACGCGCCUGUUGCGCACGAUCACGUGUCCGCCUCCUCGAUAGGCGACUUCCGCGUCAAGCUCAGAGAUAUUGAGCCUAGCCUGUUCCCUGACAUUACUGGUUUGCGUCAGCACCAGCUCGCUGCUGCAUCGAACGAGAGCACCGAGGAUCGACUCACGACAUCCUACGAAACGACGAUUGCGAUCUCUGACCUCGUCAAGGACGGACACCAGGGCGCAAAGGCCACCAUACAAGCUUCAUGGGCUCUACUCCUUUACACCUUCUCGGAGGCGGAAACGCCGUCCAUCGUUUUUGCCUACCACGAUGGCGUAGCUGAUGAUUAUAACCUGUCCGUACUUGACUUUGGAACGUCCUCUCCGGAGGCCAUAUCCGUCGCCGACGUGCUCGCCGGAUUCAAGCAGCGUGAUACGGUGCUACAGACGCCAGAAGCCGAUGUUGAUCUCCGUCAGAAGAAAAUCGAUACUGCCAUCACCCUAAAUCUCAAUGUUAGUCAAGUCAUCGGAGAGGACGCAAAAGACGCGCUCGAUGCGUCCAAGUUUGCCGUCGUUCUCCGCGUCUGUUCGAAAGGAGAUAACGUCUCACUCAAGCUCUCAUUCUCUUCCGCCCACCUCACCGAGACAGGAGCCCAAGCGUUGCUCGUGCAAUUCUCGUCCGUACUCGCAUACAUGCUGUCGGCCCAGCCCUCGUCCCCGUACCUCAACGCGCUCGAUGCCAUCCCGAAGCACCUUGCGAGCAUCCUCAAUGACCCCCCGAAGCCGUACAGCAUCGAAAAGGGCGAAGCAGCACGGCUGCAUGAUGCCUUCGAACGACACGCCCGUGACUGCUCCGAUAAGGUCGCGCUCUGGUUCAAGAAGUCGCUAUCCGACCCCGAAGCGCAGAUAAAGUGGUCGUACCGCGACCUGAAUGCCCGUGCCGAUGGCCUCUCACGCGUGAUUUGCCGUUCGCUCGCUGUCAGCGAGGAUGAGGAUGGGAAGGGGGUGGUCCCCAUUUGCAUGGAGAAGAGCCCCGAGCUUUACGUCGCGAUACUUGCCGUGCUCAAGUCCGGCCGCGCUUGGUGUCCGAUCGACCCCGCCUUCCCUGCCGCUCGCAAGCGCGACCUAUUGGCUCGCUCGGGUGGUAAAACUGUCCUCGUAUCCAAGGGGUCCGAGCUCGGCGAGUGUGCCUUGCCUGAAGAUUUCGGUGUGAUCGAGGUGGAUGAAGACGGGAAGGCCGAUGAACACGGAAGAGGCGUAGAACAGAGAGCGGUAAAUAUGAAGAUAAGCGGAAGGACGGGUAAGGGCGACGACAUCGCCUAUCUUAUCUGGACCAGUGGGACUACUGGCUUGCCGAAGGGUGUGCCCAUCUCGCACUGGUCUGCGGUACAAGGAAUCGAGGCCCUUGUGGAAGCCAUUCCGUGGAAGAGCGUUGACGAACCCCGCGUUAUGCAGUUCUCGGCGAGCACGUUCGAUGUUUCGAUUAUGGAUCUCUUCUAUACGUGGAAUAUUGGAGGGACGCUGUGUUCGGCUCCACGGGACCUCAUCGUCGGUCAUUUUCCGGAAUUAACAAAAGCAUUCGAAGCUACUCACGCCAACCUCACACCCGCUUUCAUGGCGGCGUUCCCGCUCUCCUCCUGCCCUACGUUGAAGACCGUCACGAGCAUCGGCGAAAAGCUCCCGGACUCCGUCGCCGAUAUGUGGUGCGCGCCCGACGUUAUCAGCGUGAACAUGUACGGUCCUGCGGAGGCGACGAUCGUGAGCACCUUUCGUCAGUGGACAGUCAACGAUCCUGUCAAGGCCCAUAACGUCGGAGUGCCACUGCCGACAGUGAGCGCGUUCAUCGUCAAGGGUGACAUGGUUCUUCCUCGCGGGGCCGUCGGCGAACUGGCGCUUGGUGGCCCGCAUCUUGCCUCCGGUUAUUUAAAUGACCCGACGAAGAGCUCCGCCAAAUUUGUUCAUCAUCCUCGCGUGGGCUACGUGUACCUGACAGGAGACAUGGCACGCGUCCUUGCGGACGGUACGAUCGAGUUCGUCGGGCGUACGGACGACCUGAUCAAGGUUGGCGGGAUCCGCAUCGAGCUCAGCGAGAUCAGCGCGGCGCUCGGCCGGGUACACCCGGAGGCUCGCGAAGCGGCGACUCUUCUCGUGCAGAGGAAAGAUCGCCCGCAAGAGGUCAUAUGCACGUUCAUCGCGGUGCCCUCAUUGGAGUACAGUGGCGCAGCGGACGUCUCGCCGCUUGCGGUGGAAGUUGCGCUUGCUGCUAAGGACCGAGCGCUGAAGAAUCUUCCAGGGUACAUGAUCCCCAAGGUUUUUAUCAUUCUCGGUCGUAUACCUCAUACACCAUCGAACAAGGUCGACCGAAAGGCGCUCGUGCAGGCUUAUGCUAACAUCGACCUCAACGCCUGGGAGAUCACGCUCUCGAGCGUUAGCAAGGCGAAUGUUGACGUAGCUUCGGACGAGGGAGUUGAGUUGGAACGCAAGAUAGCACAGGUAGUCAGGGAAAUCACCGGCGUAUCCGAGUGUGCCCUAGGCCCCUCUACGGACUUACGGGCAGUGGGCGUUGAUUCGAUUUGCGCAAUUAGGUUAUCAUCGCUUCUCGGCAAACAAGGCGUUGACGUCGCUGUAGUGGAUGUCAUGCAGCAUCCUACUAUCGCGGGCCUCGCCCGAAUCACCCGAGGCAGGAAUCAUGACUUUGGCGACGUCGAAGAAUUGUUACGCGCAGCCGUCGUGGAGCUGACUGGCGUGUCUGGGGAUGCGCUGCAACCGACGACAAACCUUGCGGCCCUCGGUGUGGACUCGAUCCGUGCCAUCAGGCUAUGCUCCAUACUUGGUCAUCGCGGCCUUCAAUUGAGUGUAGUUGACGUGAUGCAGCAUCGGACCAUCCGAGAGCUAGCACGCGUUGUCUCGCGCCGCUCGUCAUGUGGAAAGUCACGUUCUAGUGCCACCGUCGAAGGACUACAUCGCCUGGACGAAUUCGACGCCAAGUGGAGGCCAUUGGUUGCGGAGCGAAUUGAAGAUGUCCAGAGGGUAUUACCGUGUACACCGCUACAAGAGGGGAUACUGUCCGAGACGCUUCAAAACCCGAGAGCGUACUGGGCUCAUCACCUCUUGCCGCUCGAGCCGCACGUUGACGCAACGAGGCUUCUCCAGGCAUGGAGGGUUGUCACAGCGAGCACCGAGGCUUUGAGGGCCGGUUUUGUUCCGACUGCGCGGGUGGUCGAUAGCACUAAUGAUGCACAGCUCCCACCUUUCUUCCAGCUCCUUUACGACCGGCCGAAGAUACAAUAUACCGAAACCGAUCUUGAUGACACCACAGAAGCCGCUGUGCAGAAUAUCAUCGUCAACGUCAUCGAGAGACAUGCCGGGUCGAUCUCCCCUCUUUGGGCUCUCACGCUGCUAAAUGGGGCCAAGUCACAGUCGCUGCUUGUAUCUAUCCACCACUCGAUUCAUGAUGCAGUGAUGCUCGAACUAGUUCUCAGAGACGUCCAUGCGUACUACUGUGGUAUACCCGCUAUCGCUCGACCGCAACUUACGGAAGCGCUCGCGACAAUUCUGCCGGCCGACCCCGACGCAUCGGUAGAUUUCUGGUCCUACCGGCUCUCUCGCUACGCCGAUCCCGAUGCGCCAGCUGUACCUGAACUCACAGCCUCUACACUUGCUACAGACGGUUUCGUAUCUUUCUGCGAACCUGCCUCCGCUGACCUUAGUGAGGCCGCCAAGAAACUUCAGUGCUCUCUUGGUGAUAUUGUACAGGCUGCCUGGGCGACCGUUCUCGCGGCAUACAUGGAGACGAACAGGCUCGUCCUGGGUCAGACACUCUCGGAUCGCUCCUCUACUUCACUGCUGGAACACGCCUUGGGGCCUUUGGUGUCGGUCCUUCCCGUGCCCGUGGAGUUCCGACCGACCACCACCGGUCGCGAACUCAUCAAGACGUUGAUGCAGAGUCAGCACGAAUCAUUCCCGCAUAGACAUAUCCGCCUUAGCAAGAUCCGACUGAUCCUCCAACGUCCUGUGCAUCAGCCUCUGUUCCCCGCUAUGUUCGUCGUCCACCCGGAUACAGAGGAAGGAAAUAUCCCAUUGAAGAGCUCUCGGCUUUGGGGGGAUCCCAGGCUAUUUGGCGUGUAUGUCGAACACGCCUUGGCGCUCAAUGUUGAGAUGCGAAAGGGAGGUCGUAUCGAUCUCGACUUAUGGGGAAAUAGCAGAGUCAUUGCACCCGCCCAACUUCGUCUAAUGGUCAAGCAAGUAGGCGCCAUCGCGGCGGCAAUCGUAAAGCAUCCCGACGAACCAUUGCAGUCACUGCACUCCGGAGCGGCAUUUCAGGAGGAUUUGCUCUCGGUAACCCGCGCGGAUCCCAGUCCGGCUCUGCGAGAAGCCCGCGAUUUGCAUCCGACGUAUUGGCUUGAAAAGCACGCCCGGGAGAACCCUUCCUUCCUCGCUGUGGUCGUGGCGUCCGAAAUUGAAGAUUGGGGCGCGAAAACGCGAGAAUGGACAUACCAUGAACUGAACGAGGAGUCGAACAGGAUCGCCAACUUUAUCAGAUCCGCCGGAAUCCAUUCGCGAUGCGUCGGGUUUUCUUUACCUCGAACGCUCGAAAGCUUUGCUUAUAUGAUCGGUAUCUUCAAGUCAGGCAAUACUUACCUACCCAUUGAAGAGGAUCUGCCUCCAGCGCGAAAGAUGCUUUUAGUAGAGGAUAGUCGUGCAGCCUUGGUGUUCACAAACACGCGACAUAUAUCAAGCUUCCAAGACCCUCAGAAUCAAGCGACUCUCAUCAAUGUUGAUGCCGUCGAUCAUCGGGUGGCCUUGGAGCAGCAUCCGGUACAUCUGGAGAAGGAUGAAUACGACCCAGAUGCUCCGUCAUAUCUCCUCUAUACUUCUGGCUCCACCGGCAUGCCUAAGGGCGUCCUGGUUUCGUACAGAAACUUAAGCUGCUUCGUGGAAGCUUUCGUCGGGCUCAUCGAUGAGCAUUGCCCGACGGGCUCGUUUGCCGGCCAAGGACGUUACCUUGGUCGAACUUCGAUUGCUUUCGACGUUCAUUUGCUAGAAAUCUUCGGCGCGUUCCGAAUGGGAAUGGCCACUGCUAGCGCGCCUCGAUCCAUUAUCCUAGAUGACUUGGGUAAAACAUUGCAAAAGCUGGAGAUCACACACUGCAGUCUCGUACCAUCGCUUCUUGAGCGAGCUGAGCUGCAUCCAGCGGACGUCCCCGCGCUGAAAUGGAUGUCUGUCGGGGGAGAGAAGAUCUCUGCAUGGGUGAUUGACACUUGGGCAGGCGAAGACAGCGGAGUAGUCUUGUUCAAUGCAUACGGCCCCACCGAGGUUACUAUAGGUUGUUCGCUGGCGCGUGUCACCAAGACAUCGUCUCCGAGGAACAUUGGACGUAUUUUCCCGAAUUCAUCUGCUUUCGUGUUGAAGCCUGGUUCAACGGAGUUAACGCUGCGUGGCCAGCCUGGGGAGUUAUGUGUGGGUGGAGACCUCGUAGCCCUGGGGUAUCUCAACCGGCCAAGUGCCAGGGAAUUCGUCAACGACUACGAAGGCGGCAGACUCUACAGGACGGGCGAUAUGGUUCGAUUGAUGGCAGAUCAGACGAUCGAAUACCUGGGGCGUAGUGACGACCAGACGAAGAUACGUGGCCAACGUUUGGAAUUGGCGGAAGUCACCGAGGCAGUUCGUACAGCCGCUCCAGCGCGGCUCGCAGUUGUCUCUUUAGUCGCCCGCCACUCAGACUCGCAGAGGGACUGGCUCCUUUCCUUCAUGGCAACCGGGAUGAAGAGAAUGGGUUCCGAGGCGACCGUCCCACCCUCGAUCAUUCGGCCAGAUCCGGCGCUCAUGGGAUCCAUCAUCGCAGGCUGCCGUCAACGUCUUCCCGCUUUCAUGGUGCCGGACCUGCUCCUCAUGUUGAACUACAUCCCGAUCGCUGAAACGUCUGGGAAAGCCGAUUCGAAGGUGCUUCGUAGGCUUGUUGCCGAAACGCCGUUGUCGGCACUCCUCACCUCUACCAACGAAAGUGACCGAAGUUUGACCCGGACGGAAGAAGAGAUAUCCUCGGUUUUGUUGUCGACACUCGAUUCCGGCAUUAUUGUCAAGCCGUCAACUCGGAUUUUCGAGCUCGGCAUUGACUCCCUCAGUGCUAUCACCUUGUCCUUCCGAUUGAGGGCAGCUGGCUUCAAUGUGACCUUGCCGUUCUUGCUUGGCGGUCCGACAGUCGAGGAAAUUGCGGGCAAGAAAGGAGUACAGGUCACUAACAGCCCCCCGGACGCAGUACCACAGAGCCUAGACCAUAAUAGUGUCCAUCGACCCCGAGUCAAGCAUUUAUUCCCUGAAGGAGCCAUCGAUCGCGUAUACCCUGCAAUGCCCCUUCAAACCUCCAUGGUAAUCAAGACUCUAGACUCGAAGGUCGCUGCCUACGUCAAUCACUUCAUCUUCGAAGUCUACGCUGACGAUACCGAUCGCCUGAUCGAUGCCAUCGUCGCCACAAUCAGAGAGCAUGACAUCUUGCGCACAUGCUUCGUGCGCGUUGACGACGAAAUACUGCAAGUUGUUCUCUUCCCGGCCAAAUUGCCCUCCCCAUGGUCGCGGCAUUAUGUGGCGGUCGGAGCCUUGGACGCGUUGAAAAGGUCUCUGGGAGACGUCUCUCUCGACAUAAAACAUGCCUUAGGCCGGCGCCCGCCGUUGAGGCUCGGACUAUGGCGCGAAGAGGGACAUUCAUACUUGUCGCUCUCGAUCCAUCAUGCAAUAUACGAUGGAGAGUCAUUGAUGAUGUUCCUGGAGGAUGUAGAGGAUCGCUAUCACAAGCGCGCGCCAUCCCGACGCACACCAUUCUCGGCCCUACUAGACCACGCGGCGAUGCAAGAUGAAUCUGCUGCUCGCGAGUUCUUUUCAAGAUACUUCCACGGCCUUCGCCUCUCACCUGGAAUAGGGGUACCCGAGGAUGAGACGGAUCACCAUUCAGAUGACAUCACUAUGGGGCUGAGCUCGGUGCAGGCAGCUGCCAAAGCGUGCGGUGUGACCGUCCACGCAGUCCUUCAAGGUGCAUUCGCCGUAUCUUUUGGAGAGCAUUUGGCGCACGAUGACAUUAUAUUCGGAGUCGUUCUUUCUGGCCGCACCGUUCCUAUCGAAGGUGCAGAGACUAUCCUCGGACCGUGCUUCACCACCGUCCCAGUUCGCGUUCAAUUGCGUCGCGCAACCCGACUAGUCGAUGUAGCCAAGGAAAUCCAGAGAAACGCUGCCACGAUGAAUCCGUAUCAACAUGUAUCUCUUCGUCAAAUCCAGAAGUGGAUAUCGGCUGACCGGCCUCUGAUCGACGUUUUAUUCUCCAUGAAUCACACGUCCGAGAAGACAUCGUCCUCAAACCUCUGGAAGCAAAUUGCCGACGUGUUCUCUAUAGAAUAUCACUUAGCUGUUGAAGCGGACGUUGGCAUUGAACAGAACAUGCUGCGGUUAAGGUCAACAUAUAGCUCGCGAUUCGGACAGGCCGCCGCGCGAAACAUACUGGUUCGCAUGCAAGAGCUGCUUCAGGACCCGGAUGUUCUCUUAGCAAGCGAACGCUCGCUGCAAGAGCGACCACUUGCCUUCGAAGUCCUUCCAUACCUACCCGAAGAAGAAACAAUCCGGCGCGUCCUUUCCAGCACCUGCGCAAUUCCAUCGGAAGCGAUCGCAAGGGACACAUCUUUCCUCCGCCUUGGCCUUGACUCUAUCACGAGCAUCCGAUUUACCAAUGCCUUGCGUCGUGCAGGCUUGAAUGUCCGUUCAUCCGCAAUCAUGACCCACGCCAGCGUUGCAAGACUUGCUCGUUUUUGCCACUCUAAUGCUGGUGACGUCGACGCGGAGGCAGCGUUUCUCCCUUCGGAGUCCUCAAGAAUCCUUUCAAAGUACUCUGAAUCGAUACGACGGCUCUCCCCCGAGGACCGCGUUAUCCACGCAUAUCCGGCGACCCCUCUUCAAUGCGCCAUGUUGACGUCUUCUCUUGCAUCUGGAGGCAAGCUCUAUGUAGUUUCGCAUCCAUUACGGCUCCUUCCAUCUACCGACAUCGCCCGACUCCGAGCGGCGUGGACACGACUCGUUGCAAAGCGGGAGAUUUUCCGCACGACCUUUCAUCCAGGAGACGAGUUCCCAUGGAUAGGUGCCGUCCACACCGAUCCUCCCGUAGAAUGGGUCGAACACGAAGGUGUCGAAGAGGAGCGAUGGCCUUCAUCUGUAUCGGAGUUCGUCGCCAGUUUCAUCAACGAUCAGCUCGAUGCGUAUGAGUCACCUCCAAUCUGUGCCCAUGUCCUGCGAGCUUCAGAUGGCGCUUUGUUUGUACCCAUCAUGCAUCACAGCUUAUACGACGGGCUAUCGCUAACACAUUUCCUUGGGGAUCUCGCUCGCGUUUAUCUCAGAGAGGAUCCCCCUGAACGACCCGAUUUCAGCAAAGCGGUUCCGCAUCUCCACACGAAGAACGACCUCGGACUUCAGCUCUGGCAGCAAAGCCUUCAAAACUACGAGCCUUCUUACGUCGCCUCACUGUUACGAAAGAACGAUAGCCCUACACAGCACGCUGAGAGGAAGUUCACCUUGUCUCCGGCUGAAAUGACGGAACAUUGCCAGAGGCUCGAGAUCACGCCUUUUUCAGUGGCUCAAUUCGCUUGGGCCGUCGUUCUCGCUACGGUCAUCCGACGUGGUGAUGUCACCUUUGGAUGCUUGGUAUCAGGGAGAUCCAUCCCUAUUGAUAACUGCUGGGACAUCGCGGGUCCCACCUUCAAUACGAUUCCGGUCCGGGUUGUUCUGCCAUCGGGCCCGAUCACCCAUGCCGAAGCACUCCAUGCGCACCGAAACGCGCAAACCGCCUUACAACCAUAUCAUCAUACCCCGCUUGCAGCCAUCCAAGCCGCUUUUCGGAGGGAGACCGGCUCGGACCGGUUGUUCGAUGUUCUAUUUGUAUUCCAGAAAACGGAUGAAUCGACGGCCAAGGGCCGAUGCGAGACUUUGUGGGAGACCAUAGAACUUUCAGGAACGGAACAAGAGCCGGAGUAUCCACUGAACGUCGAGAUGCAAGUAAGCGGAGAUGCUGCUGUCCUGCGAGCCGCCUGCAGAUCUGGCAUGAUGGAGCUUGACGCGCUGCUUGGCAUCCUUGACUCGUUCGACGAGAUCCUUUCGAAUAUUCUUAAGGCGCCUGGCGACAGUUUGUUCGCUUACUCAGUCUCAACGGCAGGCGCCGGAUCAAACCCUACUGGUAUGCAGCCUGUCAUGGGCCAGCAUAGUCCUGCGGAUCAGGAGGUAUGGAAUCCAGAGGAGCUCCAACUACGCGAAGUACUUUCCGAAAUCUCGGGCGUUCCGGAGGAGAAGAUCGGACGCCGAACACCUAUGUACGCCAUAGGCCUGGACUCUAUUGCAGCCAUCCAAGUCGCGAACCGCUGUCGCAAGCGUGGACUGUCCGUUUCUGUCGUGAAUAUACUCACAGGCGGUCAUAUAUCUGGUAUCUUCCGUGAACGAGCGUCAGAGCAAGCCUUACUGCAGAAGGCAUCAAUCGCGACAGUGUCAAGCGAUCAAGUCGCUCGUGGUUCAGACAUGCGAGCUGAUGAAGUGGAACUUGUGCUACCGGUUCUCUCCGGACAACAAUACCACCUCGCAGCUUGGCUUUCCUGCGAACGCAAAUUCUAUGAACCUCCAUUCGUUUACCGCUUCGUCUCUCCGGCCGACCCGGAACGUCUUGCAGCGUCAUGGCGCUCGCUGCGUCUACGCCAUUCGGUGCUCCGGACUUCCUUUGCCUUCACUGGAACCGGAGAGCUCGUUCAGGUCGUCCACAACGACGUACCGCUUCAUGAUAAGACAUACGUCCUUAUUCAGGAUGACGAGAACCUGGAGGAAGCAGUGAAGCGCACGAUUUGCACGGAGGCAUGUAUCUCGUCGGACAUGUUCACGGUUCCGGUCCGGGCAAGGCAUGUCAAAGCGGCUGACGGUGAUGCAUUCGUUCUCAUCAUCCAUCACGCUCUUUACGACGGCUGGUCGAUCCCGUUGCUCAUGGACGACCUAUACGCCCUUUACACCGGCGAACCUUGCGCAAGUGUGCCGAACUUCACUCGGUUCGUCGAGAGGGUAGCGAGUGGACCGAAAUGGGUCGAUCGUCAAUACUGGUCCCGAACGCUGGAUUCCCCGACCGUGUGCGUGCUUCCCGAAAUGACGGAGUCUUCUUCCUCGUCCGCUUUUGCACUGGUCCGCGGUGCCGUUGCAGGCGUAUCGAGCCUCGCCCGUCGCGCGCAGGAACACCAGGUAGCGCUGUCGGCCUUCGUUUUGACAUGCGCAGCUCGCGUCGUGGGCGAGCUGGCGUUGACCCCGGACCCGAUCGUUGGGUUGUUCCGCGCCGGACGCACGUCGUCGUUCGAGGGGAUAGAACGCGUGGCCGGGCCAACGCUCAACCUGCUGCCUGUGCGCGUGCGCGGCGCGACAGUCUCGAAUCCUGUCAUCGUCGCCAAACGGCUCCAGCAGGACCUGAACGAAAUGGUCGCGCACGAGCAGGCGGGUCUCGCAGAGGUGCUGCGCGCGAUCGGGUUCGCGAACAAGCCGCUCUUUAAUGUAUUCCUCAACUUGCUGUGGCACGCCGAUCGCGUUCGCGAGAAGGAGAACGAGGUGCUGGAACGUUGGGAUAUCGGAGUGCCAACCGACUUUGCGCCAACCCAAAAGUUAACUGGCAAAACUGCCAUAGACGGCCUCGACCACUCGUACAUACCUAAACACGCACUGUUCGUCGACAUCGCGCUCGAUGCUCAGAACGACUGCAUCGACAUCGGCGUACGCUCCGAAGGCGCGGUGAUGGGCGAACCCGCGAUCAAGGAGUUCAUACGCCGUAUUUCCGCAGAAAUCAAUGCGUUAUCCGGCGGAGAGAUGUAAGUCGACCGAGUUCACAUGAAGCGUUGGAACAUCGAACGUUGUAGAGUAUCGCCUUGCAUGUAUCAUCCACAACCUAGGAGGAAACUCGUGUUGCUUGUCU